CUCACUUCUCAUCCUAUCCUCUUCUGCUCUCCCUUUGAUCUCUCAAUCUCAUUAUUUCAUAUCUAUAUAUUUUAUUAAAUUAAUUAUCAAAUACUUAUUUUAUUAUUUUUUCUUUUGAAAAAUAUAUAUUAUCAAAACACCGGAAAUUAGCCGAUCAUCAAUCAUGUUAUCUAGAGACGCUCUCCGUACGGUUGUCGGUGUCAUCGGUAACGUGAUUUCGUUCAUCUUGUUCUUAUCACCCAUGCCAACAUUUGUGACGAUAUGCAAGAAGAAAUCGGUGGAGCAGUUCUCGGCGGUGCCAUACUUGGCGACGUUCAUAAACUGCGCUCUGUGGGUGCUCUACGGGCUUCCGAUGGUGCACCCACACAGCCAGCUGGUGGUGACCACCAACGGCAUCGGCCUCGCCAUCGAGAUCGUCUACCUCCUCCUCUUCCUCAUCUUCUCCGACUCCAAGAAACGCCUCCGCCUAUUCCUCAUCAUCCUCGCCGAGAUCAUCUUCGUCGCCGUACUCGCCGUACUUGUCCUCACUCUCGCCCCUAACUGGAAGCUCCGGUCCGCCAUUGUUGGUAGCAUUUGCAUGGCUGGAAAUAUCAUGAUGUACGCCUCUCCAUUAGCUGUCAUGAAACUGGUGAUCACCACAAAGAGCGUGGAGUACAUGCCAUUUUUCCUCUCUCUCUUUUCCUUUGCCAAUGCUAUUUGCUGGACUACUUAUUCCUUCAUUCGGAUUGACCCUUAUAUUCUGGCACCAAACGGAAUGGGAGGAAUACUGGGGCUGGCCCAAUUGAUAUUAUACGCGAUGUUCUACAAAUCAACCCAGAAGAUACUCGCAACGAAACAGGCCGAAGGAGAUAUCGGGCUGACCAAGGGAGGAGAGACCAAAGCAGCCCAACUGGAGCCUUGAAAUGAAAUAAGAAGUGAAGAAUGGGUUUAGGUUUUUCAAUGUUUGCCCUAAAGUUUAUGUUUGUUUGUUUUCAACCCCCACCCCCAAUUAUGAUUGGAAGUAGGUAAAUGUAACUUUUUCAAAAAACAUGAAAAGACAAAUUCUGGGCAGGGUAAGGAACUUGCCUGUUGCUUUCAUUCUCCCAUUAAUUUCUUUUCUCCAAUUCUGGGUAAUACUCCAUAAAUCAAUCAAGUCGAUCAGUUUGGUCAGGUAAAAUCUGGAACAAUAAUGAAUUGAAACUCAUUUGCAAGUUGCAACGACAGACCUGAUGUGACUGCAAUUCCAACCUCAUCGAUGGCUAUGAUCGAUAAUGCAUAAUGGAAUGGAACCACUUUAUACAAUGUGGCAAAUUUGAGAUUUGCCACUACCUAGAAUCUAGAGAUGACUGACUGAAAGGGUCAAGAUUGGAGUAACCCAAAUCCAAUCUGGCUUUCAACACCCAAACCCAUUCUUGCUCACUUACCUUAAAUGUUUGGGAGUUUGAAAGGAAUGGCAGCGGAAAGUUUUGGAAUUAAGUCAUUGGAAGGGAAGGAGAUGGAAAGGGUUGAAACCCUUCUUGUUUGGGAGUAUCAAGUUUGAAAAGAAAUGUUUUGAAUGAAUAGUAGUUAAAAUCACUUCACAUAUAUGACAAAUUCAAAUAAUUGAGUUUAUAUUUAUUUAAAAUGGAGCUAAAAUUGUCAUUUAAUUAAUUAUACUUCAAAAUCCGCAAUUUGGGAGAUUGAAAAUUGAGCAUUUGAA